AAAACCCACACUAAGUUCAGAGCUUUAAAUAUCAUUGCCUCCAAUUAUGGCCUCUGAAACUCUCCUAAGAAUUCCCGUUAUUGAUUUUUCCCACCCAGGACUACAGCCGGGCAGUCCUGAGUGGGAAUCAAUCAAACUCCAAGUCCAGAAAGCUCUCGAAGAAUAUGGCUGCUUUGAGGCUGUAUUCGUCAAAGUUUCUUCAGACCUCCGAAAAGCCCUUUUCGGUGCACUGGAAGAGCUUUUUGAUCUCCCUUUAGAAACAAAAGUGAAAAACUCUUCGAAAAAACCUUUUCAUGGGUACGUGCAGAAGAUACCAAAAAUGCUGCUGUUCGAAAGCCUGGGAAUUGACGAUGCAAAUGUACUUGAAAAGGUCAAAGGCUUCACCGAUGUCUUGUGGCCAGAAGGAAAUCCUAAUUUCUGCAAAACCAUACAAACGUACUCGGAGCAAAUAUCUGAAUUAGAUCUGAUAAUUAGGAGAAUGGUUGUGGAGAGCUAUGGCGUGGAGAAAUACUUUGACGAAAACAUGAACUUAACGAACUACCUUCUUCGAGUCAUGAAGAUUAAAGUACCCGAAACAACCGAUGCGGAGGUUGGGUUGCUCCCACACACGGAUAUGAACAUGCUGACCAUUUUGUCUCAAAAUCAUGUGGAUGGGUUACAGGUGCAGACAAAAGACGGGGAAUGGAUCGAUCUUAAACCCUCAGCAAACUCGUUCACAGUUGUGGCUGGAGAUGCUUUCUACGCUUGGACAAAUGGUCGACUGCAUUCUCCAACUCAUCGCGUCAUGAUGAGGGGGAAAGAAACAAGGUACUCUACCGGAUUAUUUGCGAUCCCAAAAUCAGGACACAUAAUUAAAGCACCAGAAGAGCUAGUAGAUAAAGAGCACCCCUUACUCUUCAAGCCCUAUGAUCAUGUUGAAUUCCUUGGAUUCUUCUAUGCGGAGGCUCAUCGGUAUGGUACAACAGCCCAAUCUGCCCUCAAGACCUUUUGUGGGGUCUAAAUUUGGCAUGAAGGAUGUUGAAGAUAUAUCAAACUUGUGUUUUAUUGUUUAAUUCUACGUUUUUUUCCAAAUGGUUUUACGUGAUUUUGUUUCUCCUAUGGUUGGUAAUAUCUCGCGUGUUGAUAUGAUUACAGCUUGUAAUGUUCAACUGCCAAAUUUUAUUGUAUCUGCAGUUCUUGGAUGACUAUGGAAGCAAUAACUUAACUC